CAAACAACUCAAUCACUGAAGAAAGCAGGCGGCUCGAAGAAACGUCCCUUUCUUCGGAGGAGAGGCUGUGUCUGCGGGGUUGCCAUGGGCCCUUUCUUGAGAAUUGAAUUUAAUGCCUAUGAUCUUGGUACAUUCUCUCCAAUGGCUGAGGCACCUUUCUGUGCCGUCAAAAUGAAGGAAGCUCUUAGCACUGAGCGAGGAAAAACGUUGAUCCAGAAAAAGCCCACCAUGUUUCCUGCCUGGCGAUCCAGUUUUGAUGCACAUAUUUACGAGGGACGUGUUAUACAAGUGCUACUCAUGAGAACUGCAGAGGAACCAUUAGCUGAAGUCACAGUGGGCAUUUCUGUAUUGGCAGAAAGAUGCAAGAAAGCUAACGGACGUGUAGAAUUUUGGGUUGAUUUGCAGCCUUCAGGGAAGGUUAUGAUGUCUGUACAGCUCUUUUUGGAGGAUGCAGAUACAGAGUGUCAUCAGUCAAUAGUGUCGGAGAAGGAGGCACCGACACUUAAUCGUCGUCGUGGAGCUAUUAAACAGGCUAAGAUUCACUUCAUCAAGAACCAUGAGUUCAUCGCCACCUUCUUCAGACAGCCCACUUUCUGCUCUGUCUGCAGAGAAUUUGUUUGGGGUCUCAAUAAACAAGGUUACAAGUGUCGACAAUGCAAUGCGGCCAUCCACAAGAAGUGUAUCGAUAUAAUUAUUGGAAAGUGCACAGGCACGGCAACCAAUAGUCGAGACACCAUGUUUCAGAAGGAGCGCUUUAAAAUUGACAUGCCUCAUCGCUUUAAGAACUACAAUUACAUGAGUCCCACCUUUUGUGACCAUUGUGGCAGUCUGCUGUGGGGUCUUGUCAAACAGGGCCUCAAAUGUGAGGACUGUUCCAUGAAUGUCCAUCACAAGUGCCAGACUAAAGUGGCCAACCUUUGUGGCAUUAACCAAAAACUACUGGCAGAGGCUCUUACUCAAGUCGGUCAGAAAUCCACCAAAAGACCUGAAGAGCGACCCAACACCCAGGAUGUUGCCGUUUACCAAGAUUUUAACAAAAUCCCUGGACCUGAUGUUAAUGAUGGGGCUCCUUAUGGUCAUCUAUGGGAGGGUUCGAGUCCUCGCCCCCCCUCUCGAAUCACCCACCAAACACGUAUCACUGCUGAGCAAUUUACUUUCCAUAAAGUCCUGGGAAAGGGAAGUUUUGGCAAGGUGUUGUUAGCUGAGCUAAAGGGCACUGGAGAAUGGUUUGCGGUGAAGGCGUUAAAGAAAGAUGUAGUGUUGAUAGAUGAUGAUGUGGAGUGCACCAUGGUGGAGAAACGAGUGCUGGCUCUCGCCUGGGACAAUCCGUUUCUUACACACCUAUACUCCACUUUUCAGACCAAGGAGCACUUGUUCUUUGUGAUGGAGUAUUUGAAUGGAGGAGACCUGAUGUUUCAUAUACAGGAAAAAGGCCGCUUUGACCUUUACAGAACCACGUUCUAUGCAGCUGAAAUAGUGUGUGGCCUGCAGUUCCUCCAUUCCAAAGGUGUUAUAUACAGGGAUCUUAAGCUGGAUAACGUGAUGUUAGACUGUGAUGGUCACAUCAAAAUAGCUGAUUUUGGGAUGUGUAAGGAAAAUGUGUUUGGGGACAAUCAUGCCACAACCUUCUGUGGAACUCCAGAUUACAUCGCACCAGAGAUUCUAUUAGGCCAGCAGUACUCGUUCUCGGUAGACUGGUGGUCAUUUGGUGUGCUGGUGUAUGAGAUGCUGAUUGGUCAAUCUCCAUUCCACGGUGAUGACGAGGACGAGCUGUUUGAAUCGAUCCGAAUGGACACACCCCAUUACCCCCGCUGGAUCACAGUGGAUACAAAAGACAUGCUAGAAAGGCUCUUAGAGCGUGAUCCGUCACUCCGUUUAGGGAUUGUUGGUAAAAUACAAGCUCACCUGUUCUUCAAGACUGUCAAUUGGUCUGCUUUAGAAAGGAGGGAAGUCGAGCCCCCCUUUAAGCCAAAAGUGAAAGCUCCAAAUGACUGCAGUAACUUUGACCGGGAGUUUUUAAGUGAGAAACCCCGCCUCUCACACUGCGAGAAAGGCCUAAUGGAUUCCAUGGACCAGAGCGCUUUCGCAGGCUUCUCAUUCAUUAAUCCGAAAAUGGAGCAUCUUUUGAAAAAGUGACAUUUACAAUUGCUGUGAUCAAGAAGAUCUAUUAUGAUCAUGGGAUCAUAGUAUUCAGACAGUACUGUAUAUUGCAACAUCCAAACCAACAAUGAGCACUCUCACAAUUCAUCAUUUGCUCACUCAUUUUUUUGCCAUACUGGUAUAAAUAACUUAUUUUCUUAUGUUACAUACAAAAGGAGGUUGUUAGGCAAAAUGAUGCCAACAGUCACAUUCACUUUUCAUGUAAUAUUUUUUCCAUAACAUUCUGCCUAAAAUCUCCUUUUGUGUUCCACGGAAUAAAGAAAGACAUAAGGGUUCAGAAUAACAUGAGGGUGAGUAAAUGAUGACAGAAUUUACAUGUUUGGGUAAACUAUUCCUUUAAAAGUCCUCAUCUUAUUUAACGUGAAAAGAAAUCCUGACAGUCUGCUUCUAAAGGAACCCUUUAAAUACUUGAUUGUAGUAUGUUGGACUUGGUGACCCAAUCUGAGAGCAAUUUAUAACUUGUCCUUGUAAAUUUAGGGUGUCUAAAAAUAACUUUGCUAAGUUUGUACAAACUUGACAGUUAAGAGUGCAGGGAAAGUGCUGUUUGUCCAGUUUGGGAGAAAAGAAGUUCAAAGAAGUGUUAAAAAAAAAAAAGAAAAUGGGUCAGAGGUUAUACAGAUAUUGUUUAAACUGAUGUGAUGAGACGUAUGAGUUAAUAUGUGCAUGCUACAGUCGUAUUUAUGUUGUACAUUUCUGCUAUGAUGUGUGUGUGUGUACUGUAAUGUGUUUACACAAAGGAUCAACCACAAUGUAUUGAUCCUUUGUGUAAGCUUUGUAAAGUGUUAGAUUAAUAUAUUGUCUUUUAAUUCAUUUGAAAUAAGUCUGUAUCUGGUACAGAUAUAUAGUUCUAAUAUAAUAUAAUCUUAGCUUUGUGUUUGAUGUUUUAGUGUGUACAUUGUUGCUGCAUUUAAGAUGAUUUUUAAAUAAAAUAUACGUAUUAAGAGCAGAUGAUCAAUAUCAAGUCUCUGUAUUAGGAUGAUAAAAUUCAGUGUCCGAUAAAUAUUUCAGUGGUGAGAACUGAUGUGUGUUUUUAAUUUGUAUUUUCACUCAAUUUUGUUCUUGCUUGCCUUUUAGGUUUACUGUAAUAAUGACAUACAUAAGAACAAAGAUAAUAUUCUACUAUCAUUUUAUUAAUUUAUUUAUAUUAAUGCCAGUGUUGCUUUGUGAAGGCAAUACAGCAGUCAUUCAAUGUUACAAUUUGAUCCUCAAGCAUUGUUUUACAGUAAAAUAUAAUGCAUGAAUAUAUACUGUAUUAUUCUAUCUAUAUAAUGUAAUAAAUGAAACAUUUA